AUGGCCAGUCACCUGUCCCUGGCCAAGCCUGAUAUUGUCAGGAAUCUCACCGUGGUGGACGUCACAGAGCAGACCGUCUUCCUCUCCUGGGACCCGCCGGUGGGAAACCAUAGCUUCUACACGGUACAGGUGAUUGGUCAUCCCGACCUCACUAAGGCCACACGCGUUGAAACCCACUUGUUUGAGAACCUCACACCGGGCGACCACUACACUUUUAGCGUCAAUGCUGAAGUGGAGAGCCAGUUGGUCAUGGGAGUCCCGGUCAACGUCUCUGCCUACACCAGGCCAGGCGAGGUACAGAAUCUCACCGUGCUCGGAACAAAUGCGACGAAUAUCAACCUACGAUGGAAGAGUCCAGAGGGGAAAAGCUCUUGGUUCAGAGUACAUGCCUAUUUACAAGGAAAUUCCUCUUCAGAGAAUUACAACGUAAAUGAGACGCAGGUGGUGGUGCACAGUCUCAUCCCAGGCAGCGAGUAUAGACUGGACGUGGUGGCGUUCUCGGGGGAUCCUUCGCUGGCUGGAAGGGCUGUCAAGGUCAAGAAUUUCACAACCCCGGCCCCCGUGAAAAACCUAACUCUGAAAAGUACCCAAGAUUCAAUCACUGCCACAUGGGAGCCGCCCGUAGGCAACUUCUGUUCCUACAAAGUCGUGCUGAACGGCGACGAAAUGAAGACCUACACGACAAAGGAAAAUAUGUACACGUUCUCGCAGUUAGGAGCGGCUUUGGAAUACAACGUGACUGUCUACACACAGGUGGCGAAGUCUCUGGAGAGCCAGGGCGUGUCUGCAGCGGUGUUCACUCUGCCAUUCAAACCCACGUCACCCUCGAUCAAAUUUGCAAAUACGACCGCUAUCCAGGUAACCUGGCAAAUCCCACAAAGGCUGGAGGGCAAAACAGUCACCUAUGAAGUGAGAUACAACGCUAGCUAUUGGUCUCACGAAGGCGGCUGCAACGUAACGAAUAACAGUGUCUCUGUUGGGGGGCUGCGGUCAGGAACGUUAUACACAUUUGAAAUCCGGACAUUGGCUGGCACCCUCCGCAGUGACCCAGCCAUCAUCACCCUUAGCACAGUGCCCAACAAGAAGUACCUGACCCUGAUGAUGACCUGCUCCAGCGAAACACCACUGUUGUGUGAGAAAAACAACACCCGGGACAGUGUCUUCAAACAGCUUCAGGGCUACUUUAAGGAAAAACUGGAUGACAAAGUAUUCUGGGAGCUUGAAUGGAAAAAUUAUUGAUCACCCCCACAGCACACAAUCAUACCGUAAGCACACACACACACA